AUGCAAACUGCUUCUACAAACAUUUGUGAAAUACUGUGCAAUAAAUACAUCUGUGAAAUUUCCUUGCUACUAAAAUAUUCCACUGUCAACUGUUAGUGGUAUUAUAACAAAGUGGAAGCAAUUAGGAACAACAGCAACACAGCCACAAAGUGGUAGGCCACAUAAAAUGACAGAGCAGGGUCAACGCAUGCUGAAGCACACAGUGUGCAGAAGUCGCCAACUGUCUGCAGAGUCAAUAGCUAAAGACCUCCAAACUUCGUGUGGCCUUCAGACUAGCACAACGACAAAGCGUAGAGGAUGCAGUGGUGUAAAGCACGCUUCCACUGGACUCCAGAGCAGUGAAGACAUGUUU